AUAUACACCAAUUUUAUAGUUUUUAAUUCUGCCAUUGGUUCUUUGGUUAUAAAUGCCUUUUUAAAUGUCUCUCUUUAAAUACGUUUCUUUCUCUUGUGAAUGACUGUCGCGAUGUAGCACGCCCAAGUGUCUACUUUGAAUUUGCUACACCGUUGUAGUCGUAUAGAUGACUAUACUGCCGUCGGUCGAUAAACAGCGAAACGCGGAACUGAAAAGUACUGAGUUAAAGGAAUGUGGACCGCUUGUAUCUUAAUACAGUAAUGCAGUAGUUCGAGAAUAAUAUAUUUGAUCUUAAUCUAGUUGAUCACAACAUCACUCGGUUUAUCAUGUUCGAGUAUUGUUGAAUACGCAUUGUGUAUUUCACACUUUUCUAAUGAACUUCCUUGAAUGUAUCGUCGAAGACAUCAAAGUGCAAGGGAACUGGUACGAAGGACGAAAGUGUGAAAGCGUACGCUCACUGCUACUUACUCGAAGAAACAUAUCUUUUGGCUAUUCUUAAUGCGUUCGAAAUAUUCGAUUUCAUUAUAUUGUUGAUGAAACGUUCGUUUGUUUAAUUAACCAACCAAGGAACAUUCUGGACUCGAGUAAUUGACGAAUACGGUGUAACUGUAACGUUUGUACGAGGAAUUUUAUGAUAAAUAGAAAAAGAAACACCACAAGACUGUUGAGAUAGUAACGGAAAUUUUUUUAUUGCAAAAACAUGUGAAUUCGUAUGUCACUUAUUAUUAUGACAAAUUUUAAGUUUUGGAAAGUUGAUGUAUGAUCCUCAUGUUCAAAUUAUAGGAUCGAGUGUGAAUAGUAACUUCCGUGAUAAACCAACACGAUAGUAAAAAUAUUCGAUGAUAUUAAAACGCGUGACUUUGAAAUUUCACAAUUUCCCUCUUCUUCAUUAUGUAUCAAUAAUUCCUUUUUCAUACGAGUUUUAAACUUUUCUUGAAAAACUUGCCAUUCUUUGGAUUUUACAUCGGCUAUGGUUGUAGCCAGUGGUGAGUGGGUACAAAAUGCCAGUUUUCCUGCCAGUCAGAAUUCCAACUUGAAAAUAAACUCUAUGCAAAACAACAAAAUGACAGCCAAAGGAAUUUUAAUUUGCCGUGAUAAUUCUCAUCCUUUUGAAGAACGUACAUUGACACUGGAGCAACCUGUUAAAAUUGGUCGCUCUGUGGCAAGAGCCAGAGCUACACCAAACAAUGCCAUUUUUGAUUGUAAAGUACUAUCUAGAAAUCACGCACUGCUAUGGUAUUCAGGUGGAAAGUUUUUUUUACAAGACACACGUAGCAGUAAUGGUACAUUUGUUAAUAAUCAAAGACUCAGUGCAGCUAGUUUAGAAUCAGCACCUAAAGAAGUAUGUUCUGGUGACAUAGUGCAAUUUGGAGUAGAUGUGAUAGAAAGUACAAAAAAAGUUAGACAUGGAUGUAUAGUUGCAACAUUAAAAUUAUAUUUGCCAGAUGGAAAAGAAGCUAAAGCUAGUCUUAGUACAUCGGUUGCAUCUCCACUCAAUAAUGUUUCAUUGGAAGAUGUGUACAAGCUGAAUCAAGUCAUGCAAGAAGCCUCAAGACGCGAGAAAGCACUUUAUUCUAAGUUAGUACAUCUUCAACAACUUGUAGCAAAUACUCGAAAGGCUGCUAAUCAAUCUUGGAAAGCAUUGAUAACAGAGGAUCGGUUAUUAUCUUGGGUGGAGAGUAUGGAAAAUCAACUGGCUGUUUAUUCUAAAAAUUAUACGGAAGAUAAAAUUAGAAACGAAUUGGUAUUGCUUCAGGAAGAAAAAGUACAUUACCAAAAUUCAGCAAAAGAGGCAUUACAGAAAGUAUUACAAGAAAAAUUAGAGGUAACUCAGAGAUUAGUCCAAUUAGAAGCACGUUUAAAUGAAACAGAAGAAGAAUGUCAAAGCCUUCAUAAUGUAGCAAAAUAUACUCAAACAGAGUUUCAGGAGUUAUGUAGCAAAUAUACAGAAGCACAAAAAAAAUUACAAGAAACUACAAAUAAACUAAAAGAAAGUGAAGAAAAAAUACAGGAUAUAGUACAAAGCACAGAGCAAGAAAAGCAAGAAUUUUUAAAGAGACUCGAAGAUCAAUCUAGAAUUGAAAAAAAUUUGCAGGCUAGAUUACGUGAUUCUCGAUUAGAUUCUGUGAAUAUCUAUAAGCAGAUCACAGCCCUCAGAAAUUACAUGCAAAUUUUGCAGGACAUGAAUUCAAAAUUAAUAACAACUGGCAUAGUAGAUGCAAAGGAUGAAGAAAAUCCUAUAGAAGCCAUCAAUAUUAUUCUUAAUAAGUUAAAUUCCAUUCAUGUUGACAAUGUAGACAUUGAUUUAGAGACAAAAAUGGACUUUUAUUCUGUGAAAGAUGAACAAGAUAAUCAAAUUAAUUCACAAGAUAUUGAUUCAAAUCAGCUAAAAAAUUCUGAUGAUUCUUUUUCAAAAGAACAAUUAGAUGAUUCAUUGGUUAAUAAUGAUAAUUCAACGGAAUAUAUUUUACCACCACCAUCUCGAAAAACUUUAGUUAAUGGAAAUGUAAAUAUAAAUAAUACAGAUAUGAAUUCAGAAUCUGAUGCUAAUUCAGAUGCAACAGAUGAUACGUGCAGUAUUACCAGUGAUGAUACAAGUGAAAAAUCUGUUAUAGAAGUUAAAAAAGAAGAACCUGUGUAUAAAGUAGCAGAAGAAAUUUUUGUACCUUAUAAAAUGGAAGUUAGAUUUAUGUGCGAAGAAAAUGUUAAACAUCUGGAAAUUUCUCAUUUACCUCAAACUGUACAGAAAUUAAAGGGAAACGAAGAAACAGAAAUGAAUGUUGGUAGCAUGAGCAAUAUUAACAUCACUUCAAAUGAGUCUGUCUCUAUGGAAAUUAAUCAACUUGAAAAGAAAGAUGAAACAGAUAAAGAUAGCAGUGAAUUAGAUGAAGAAUACGAAGAAGAACAUUUAGAAGGAGAUUAUGUCAAAACUCUAAAACCAUUAUCUAAGAAUGAUACCAUACAGCAAUGUGUGCAUAUCAGAGAAUAUUUACUGCAAACUUUGAUAGGAUCUCUAGAUUCGCUAAAAGUUGAAGACAAUUUAGAAUCGCAGCAAACCAUCAAGAAAGAGCUAGAAAGCCUAAAGGAAUGGUUAAUUUGUGAAUCUCACGAAGAAAUUGUUGAGAAGCUAAAACAACUGUAUUAUCGUGCCAAGAACGAAGCUCAAAGAAUUCAAGAGCUCCAUGAAGAAUUGGUUAUUUUAAAAGAAAAGUACAAUGCAUUUGUUGAAGAAAAAGCAGAGCUCUUGAAAAAAUAUACAUCUGUUAAAGCACAAUGCGGUGAUUUGUUAAAUACAACUUACACUAUACCGAUACAUUAUGUGGCACCUAUUGCAAUUAUAUUAAUAUGGAUGUUGCUUGAAAAAAUAUUUUAAUGUCUUUCUUUUUGUUUUUUGUAUAUAACUUUAACAUUGAUUAAUAUUAAAGUUUCCUUUCUUUUCCCUUUUAUUUUCGUAAUUUGUUUGUAUCGUUUGCUAAAUACUUCGAGAAUACAGAAUAUAACAAAUUGGGUAGCGUGUAGGUUCAACAAAAAAGUCUUGAACAUUUUUAUACCGACAAAAAUAUUAAGAAUUGUAUAUAUUUUUCCGAUAUUAUUGUUGAAGCACCAAUCUCAAAAACCUGCUCUGAUAAAUGACAAGAAUAAUGCAAACGUAUACCAUGUUACCGUUUAAAAACAAGGAACCAAAAUCAAAUUAAGCAGAGAAUUGUAGCAAUAAAUAUGUACAUAGAACAAAAUUCUAGGCUAGGAGAAAAUGUAUUAGAAAAAAUAUAGACAAUACCAUGUAAAAUGUUCAACAUGCUGCCAAUCUCGAUAUCAUAUCUUCUUGAAUAAAAUGGUAUUAAUCUCUAUUUACAGAUAUUACACACGUUUACGUCAUUAUUUUUUGCGAUCAAUUCAAGCACUGCACCCUACGACUCAAAUGUAUCAUUACAUAAAUUAUAAAUAACGUUUAUAUGCAAAGAACGAUUUUUAUAAAUGCCUGUGUCGAUAUA